GUGAAUUCUGAAUAUCUUUAUUUACGUUAUGAUUAUUCUUUGUAAGAGGUCUUGAAGCACAGACUAGGAUGAAGUUGACGACUGCUUUGUUAAAUUUUUAUAUGUUUGUAUCCGUUAUUUACAUUGUUCAAGGUUUGCGCUGUUGGACCUGUGAAAAUGCAAACAGCGUGGAAGAAUGUGACAAGAACGGAACAAUACAGAAAUGUGAUGCAAAUGAGGAUGCUUGUGGUAUUGAAAUCCGACGCCUCAGUGGAUUGAAAACAAAGGUCUUCAAAUUCUGCAAACAAUCUUCUGCCUGUGCGAACGUACAAAACCAGAAUUCUAAAGUUUCCAGGAGUACAAAUCAAUGCAACCCAAGAUUGCCGAACUCAGUUUGUCGAUGCUGCUGUUAUGAGAAUGUUUGCAACACGGGAGAUCUAGAUUGCCUCGGACAAAUAAGGCCGACAACUUGCUUGCCGACAGAUCAGCCGCCCGCACACGGCAGCAUGAAUUGCACAAAUAGUAAUGAAGUUGGAAGCAAAUGUUCGUUUCAGUGCGGACACGGAUUUUACGUCGGAGGAGAAACAACAAUAACAUGCUUGACAAACCACGUGUGGAGUGCUGAGAUGCCAUCCUGUAUUCCUGUCACGUGUCCGAACUUAGUUGGAUUCAACCAUGGACGUUCCGAAUGUAGCUUGCAUAAUAAUAUUGGAAGUGUUUGCAGAUUUGAUUGCUCGAAUGGCUACAAAAUUACUGGCGCAAACUCUGCAGUGUGUCAAUUUGAUAAAAGCAACAGCACAUUUGGGCGAUGGAGCAAGGACGGCCAUCCAAAAUGCGAGCGAAUAAAAUGUCCAUCACAACAAUUGUCCCCGGAAGGAGGUACAGUUAGUUGCUCGAAUAAAAACUAUUUUGGAUCAAUUUGCCACUUCGAAUGCGGCGAAGAAUAUGAAAUGAUCGGAGAGGAUCAAAUCACUUGCAAGCUUUAUCGUAACUUUGCGGCAUGGAGUGAAGGUGCGCCAAAAUGUCAAAAAAAGCAAUGCAUGAAUCUGGAAAGCCCAAGGAAUGGUUUCAAAAACUGCACAAAUGGGCAUUACAUCGGGACAGUGUGCGAUUUUUCAUGCGAUUCCAAUUUCACGCUGGUUGGAAGCAACAUAUCAAAAUGUAAAGAACCAAGAAUGAAAUACGGAAAUCCGCUGUGGGAUAAUGGAACACCACAAUGCAGAAAGAAAGAAUGUCAAUCAUAUCCCCAAACACCUGAUAAAGGGUAUAUGAUAUGUAACGAAGGAAUAGAGCUUGAUUCAGAAUGUAAAUUUCAUUGUGAUUACGGAUAUGGACUCUUUGGUGAACCGAUGACCGUCUGUGAAAUGAGCAACAACGAAUUAAAAUGGAGCAACAUUGAACCUGUUUGCAAACGAACCAAAUGCCCGUCAAAGCAGGAAGCACCUUUGAAUGGGAAGAUGUUUUGCAGCGAUGAGGAUAAUUUAGAUUCAGAAUGUCGGUUCUCAUGCGACUCUGCUUAUUAUAACGAUGGAAAUGCAGUGGUUGCUUGUAGAGAAAUGAAAGGCUAUGAAGCUGAGUGGGACGGAAACCCACCAACAUGCAAAAGAAAAGAAUGCACUGCUAUGCCACAGGCUCCGUCCAAUGGCGCCAUGGAGUGUAAUGAUGGAAAGUACCUGAGUUCAACAUGCAAAUUUAUUUGCGAGGACUCGUAUGAUCUGAUCGGUGACAAAGAGAUUACUUGUAGAGAAGACGAGGCAUUGAGCACUAUGAUGUGGGAUAAUGGACCGCCUGAAUGCGUUUUGAUUGAAUGCAGUGAGUUACCUCUUGUUCCUGCACAUGCCAGCAUGUCAUGCUCGUAUGGAAAAUUAUUGGGAUCGGUAUGCUCGUUUGAUUGCGAUUCGGAUCACAACCUUGACGGUGCAGCUUACGUAAGAUGUGGAGAAUACGAUGCAACAUAUUAUCAUUCGAUGAAUGAGAAUCCAACAUGGGAUUAUGGCAUACCCACGUGCCAACGUAAGCAAUGCAAAGUUGCAGUUGAACCAACCAACGGUUACACUGUAUGCACCGAUGGGAAUUAUGUAAAUUCAAAAUGUGAAUAUGUAUGCGGGGAUUUCCAUAAAAGAAUUGGUCCUUUGCAUACGGUAUGCAAAGAAGACGAUGAAGGAAAUAUGGGAUGGAACGACGAAAUACCACCAGUUUGUGAACUAAUCACCUGUCCCAAAAUGAAAGACAUCAGGUUUGGAGAAGUUAACUGCUCAGAUGAAUCCAAUGUUAACUCACAAUGCAGCUUCAAAUGUACAGAGGAAGAUUACAGUUUCUCAUCUGGUAUGAGCGAAACUAUUCAAUGCAGAAAUGACUCGACUUGGUCGGACAGGGCGCCGUGUUGUUCACGUCCUUGUCCACCUUACGCCAUCAUGGACCUUAUUGUUGUGCUUGACUCUUCAUCGUCAAUAGGGGCACGAAGUUGGAAAAUCAUGCUCAAUUUUAUCAACAACAUUUUUGAGUUAUUCGCCGUAAAGAAGGAUGCAAUGAAUAUUGGGCUAUUCCGUUACAAUCGAUACAUCGACAGCAAAACACAAAUCAAAUUGAACGAUUGUCCGGAUAAUGUUACAGAAUUGAUGGAAAGGGUGAAGAAAAUACCGUAUAACGGGGCAGGAACAUGGACAGGACAAGCCAUGACAUAUGCACUGAAGAGUAUGUUGCAUCAGCGGAAUGGAAACAGAAAGAAAAUACCCGACGUUGUUCUUGUGGUCACCGAUGGAAGAGCACAAGAUGAUGUGAAAAGACCAGCAAGAGCACUAAGAAAAGCUGGUGUAUUGACAUUUGCUCUCGGAAUCACGCCAACGACUGGAAAACUUAACAUGGAGCAGCUUCAAGAAAUAGCUGGAGACGAAUCUAGACUUCUUCUCGCAAACGAUGGUUUUGAAAAUCUAACUCCGGGAUUUGCAGCUGAAAUUAGCAAAUAUAUUUGUGGUGAUCCGUGUGAGAGAUAUCACCAUGGAGAAUAAACAUCGAAAUCCAAUUUUCAAAAAAAUUAUUCCGCACAAAUUCUUCAACGACGUGACAAAAUUUAGAGCCAAGUGAUUAACGAAGUCAAUUAUUGGUUUCAAUACAAAUACUUUUAAGUCAUGUGCUAAAUGUAAUUUAGUUGGAAAAUUCGUUUCAUUUCGCUUCUUCUAUUUUCUACGCCCCUCUAUAGAGCAUGGACACCCCGCAAUACUCCAGACCGUGUCCGGAAAAUUCGCCGCAUAGGUAAAGUCGCAAGAGCAUUUUGCUGUAAAACAAGUAUUUUCUUUUGGAAAUAAGGCGAUUUUUCAUACGGCGAAAUUUUCUGCGGCGAAUUUUCCUAGAACCUUUACAGACACUCCCCGAAGCGUGAGAAUGUUUAGAAUAAAUAUUUAUCGAGCUGCGUUGCGGAAGCUUAUGAAUGUAUUUCUUUUCUGAUCAAACACAAAAAUUUUAUCAAAUAUAUAUAACAAUUUAUAUUGUUUUUUAAGCCUAAUUUUUUUAUAUUUUUAUCUAUUCAUAUGAAUUUUGUUACUCACAUU